AUGAGCUUCACAUUUCCAGAUUUCCCCUUCAAUCCAGAGAGUGAUGUAUUUCCAUACGCAGAACCGAACAAACGACUAUCGUACUUCAAGUACCCAGAUGUCGACCCAGUAUCACCGCUUCCAGUGCUCGACCCAUCGCGGAACGGGAGUCAAGACACGAUCGUUCCUCCGCCGUAUGAAGGCCAUGAUGCGGAAAAAGCAGACCCGCCACCAGAAGCUCCCCCAAGCAAAAUGACCAGACAAGAGAUUGUUAUUAUCAUGACGGCAUUAUGUUUGGCUCUGUUUCUCGCUGCUCUUGAUAUGACUAUUAUUUCUACCUCUCUCCCUACGAUAUCUAAAGUAUUCAAUGCCAACGAGAGUGGCUAUACCUGGAUGGCUUCAUCCUACCUCCUUGCUAAUGCUUCAUGUGUGCCCCUUUGGGGAAAGCUCAGUGACAUCUGGGGUCGCAAAGUUCUCAUUCUAGCAGCCAAUGUACUGUUCCUUGUUGGAAGUUUGCUCUGUGGAAUUGCGCCCGGUCUGGCCAUCUUCUUAGUUGGAAGAGGUAUUCAAGGUGUUGGCGGAGGUGGCCUGAUUAUUUUAGGACAAAUUUGUGUCAGUGAUUUGUUUAGCGCAAGAGAACGCCCAGUAUACUAUGCAUUGUUCGGCGCCACAUGGGCUGUUGCUGGCGCACUUGGUCCUGUGAUAGGCGGACUGCUGACGCAGAACACUUCCUGGCGCUGGUGCUUUUACAUCAAUCUGCCCGUUGGUGGUAUUUGCUUUGUGAUUCUGUUCUUCUUCCUAAAGAUCGAGUCACCCAAAACACCUCUCCUCGCUGGAUUGCGUGUUAUUGACUGGCUGGGCACCAUGACCAUUGUCGGAGGUACCGUCAUGCUAUUGUUUGGUUUGGAAUUUGGCGGUGUCAGCUUCCCCUGGAACUCUCCAACAACUAUCGGCCUAAUUCUCGGUGGUAUUAUUACUUUGGGCAUAUUUGGAGCUAUUGAGCGAUAUUACGCGAAAUACCCGAUCAUGCCCCCUGCCGUCUUCGAUGGCAUGAACAACAUCUUGAUCCUGGGGGUUAACUGGGUCCAUGCCUCUCUUUUCAUUUCCGGAGCAUACUUCCUUCCGAUUUACUUCCAGAUUGUCCUCGGCGUCGGUCCAACUCUCAGCGGUGUUUAUAUCCUACCACAGGUUAUGGGCCUGUCCGUUGUUGCUAUGUUGACAGGAAUGUUUAUCCGAAACACUGGCAAAUAUGUCUGGAUUAUGCGCAUUAGCAUGCUGGUCACAACAUUAGGAUACGGCUUAUUUUUGGAUUUCCAGCCAUACACUUCCUGGCCUCGACUCAUUAUCUAUCAGCUCAUAUCUGGUAUUGGUAUUGGGCCCAACUUCCAAGCACCCCUGAUUGCCAUCCAAAACAAUAUGCCGGCUGGUGACGUCUCGGGAGCGACUUCGACCUUCGGCUUCAUGCGCCAGCUCGCCACCUCGUCAUCCAUCGUGCUCGGUAGCGUGGUGUAUCAAAACAUCAUCAACGGCAAGGAGGCGCUGCUAACUGAGGUCUUGGGACCGGAACUAGCUCCCCACUUCCUUGGAAGCAUUGCUGGUGCAAAUAUUGAUCUGAUGGAUCAAUUAACGCAGUCCCAGAAAGAUAUUGUGCUGAAUGAGUAUACCACUGCCCUCAAACGUGCCUGGCUAUUCUAUACAGCUCUCGGUGCUCUAGGUUGCGUUUUCAGCUUCUUCGUCCGCGAAAAGGUGCUCAGUCAAAGCCACGAGGUAACCAAGACAGGGCUGGAGCAGCAAGAGCGGGCUCGACUGGCACGUAUUGCGGCCGCAAAGAACCCUGCAGAAGAACAAACGGAAUGGCCAGGUAACAGGACAUAA